AAGGAGAGAAGUGGAGGUGGCCGCAGGUUGAGUCGCGGCCGGGAUGUCCGGGCAGCCGCCGCCGCCGCCGCCGCCGCAGCAUCAGCAACAACAGCAGCAGCUGCCGCCGCCACCCCCGGCAGCCGUGGCCCCCGUCUCCGGAGUCGUCGUGCCGGCGCCCGCGGCCGUCAGCGCCGGCUCUUCUCCUGCCAGCUCGGCCGGCGGAAGCGCGGGCGGCGGCGGCGGCUUGGGGGCCGCGGCGGCCGCCCUGCUCCUCCACCCGCCGCCGCUGCCGCCGCCCCCGGCCACCGCGGCCCCGCCGCCGCCGCCGCCGCCGCCCCCGCCCCCCGCCUCGGCGGCAGCCCCUGCCAGCGCGCCCCCGGCUCCCCCAGGCCUCGCCGUGAGCUCUGGCCCGGCCGGAGGUGGCCCGGCCCCAGCCCUGGUUGCCGGCAGCAGCGCCGCGGCCCCCUUCCCGCACGGGGACUCGGCCCUCAACGAGCAGGAGAAAGAGCUGCAGCGGCGGCUGAAGCGCCUCUACCCGGCUGUGAACGAGCAGGAGACGCCGCUGCCUCGGUCCUGGAGCCCGAAGGACAAGUUUAGCUACAUCGGCCUCUCUCAGAACAACCUGCGGGUGCACUACAAAGGUCAUGGCAAAACUCCAAAAGACGCAGCGUCGGUUCGUGCCACACAUCCAAUACCAGCAGCCUGUGGGAUUUAUUAUUUUGAAGUAAAAAUUGUCAGUAAGGGAAGAGAUGGUUACAUGGGAAUUGGUCUUUCUGCUCAAGGUGUGAACAUGAAUAGACUACCAGGUUGGGAUAAACAUUCAUAUGGUUACCAUGGGGAUGAUGGACAUUCAUUUUGUUCUUCUGGAACGGGACAACCUUAUGGACCAACUUUUACGACUGGUGAUGUCAUUGGUUGUUGUGUUAACCUUAUCAACAAUACCUGCUUCUACACCAAGAAUGGACAUAGUUUAGGUAUUGCUUUCACCGACCUACCGCCAAAUUUGUAUCCCACUGUGGGGCUGCAGACACCAGGUGAAGUAGUUGAUGCGAACUUUGGGCAGCAUCCAUUUGUGUUCGAUAUCGAGGACUACAUGCGUGAGUGGAGAACCAAAAUCCAGGCACAGAUAGACCGAUUUCCUAUUGGAGAUCGAGAAGGGGAAUGGCAGACCAUGAUACAAAAAAUGGUUUCAUCCUAUUUAGUCCACCAUGGGUACUGUGCCACAGCAGAGGCCUUUGCCAGAUCUACAGACCAGACCGUACUAGAAGAAUUAGCUUCCAUUAAGAAUAGACAAAGAAUUCAGAAAUUGGUGUUAGCAGGAAGAAUGGGAGAAGCCAUUGAAACAACACAACAGUUAUACCCAAGUUUACUUGAAAGAAAUCCUAAUCUCCUUUUCACAUUAAAAGUGCGUCAGUUUAUAGAAAUGGUGAAUGGUACAGAUAGUGAAGUACGAUGUUUGGGAGGCCGAAGUCCAAAAUCUCAAGACAGUUAUCCUGUUAGUCCUCGACCUUUUAGUAGUCCAAGUAUGAGCCCCAGCCAUGGAAUGAAUAUUCACAAUUUAGCAUCAGGCAAAGGAAGUACUGCACAUUUUUCUGGUUUCGAAAGCUGUAGUAAUGGUGUAAUAUCAAAUAAAGCACAUCAAUCAUAUUGCCAUAGUAAACACCAGUCGUCCAGUUUGAAUGUACCAGAACUCAACAGUAUAAAUAUGUCGAGAUCACAGCAAGUUAAUAACUUCACCAGUAAUGAUGUAGACAUGGAGACAGAUCACUACUCCAAUGGGGUUGGAGAAACUUCAUCCAACGGUUUCCUAAACGGUAGCUCUAAACAUGACCACGAAAUGGAAGAUUGUGACACCGAAAUGGAAGUUGAUUCAAGUCAGUUAAGACGUCAGUUGUGUGGAGGAAGUCAAGCUGCCAUAGAAAGAAUGAUCCAUUUUGGAAGAGAGCUACAAGCCAUGAGUGAGCAACUAAGGCGAGAAUGUGGCAAGAACACAGCAAAUAAAAAAAUGUUGAAGGAUGCGUUCAGUUUACUAGCUUACUCAGAUCCUUGGAACAGCCCAGUUGGAAAUCAGCUUGACCCAAUUCAGAGAGAACCUGUGUGCUCAGCUCUUAACAGUGCAAUAUUAGAAACCCACAAUCUGCCAAAGCAACCUCCACUUGCCCUAGCCAUGGGACAGGCCACACAAUGUCUAGGACUGAUGGCUCGAUCAGGAAUUGGAUCUUGUGCUUUUGCCACAGUGGAAGACUACCUACAUUAGCUAUGCAUUUAAAGAGCUCAGACUUAUAUUGUGGCAUAUAGUCAACACGGAAGUAGACCAGCUCUGCUGAUUGGAAAUUUAGAUUUUUUAAUUAUGUACUGGGGACAGGUUUUUGUCGCUUUACAUUGCUUCCUAGUUUACAGCAUGAUGCAAAUGAUUUUCUAACUUAGCGUUAGGAGAAAUUAUUUUCCAUCUUUAACCUCUUAGUUGUCUAAGAGUUUAAUAUUACCGGAUUUCAGACAUUCAAAUUGAUCAUCACAGAUCCUUUAAAACAAUUACCUAAAAGAAACCAAAAAGUCCUGCCUUCUUGGGGGGGGGGGGAGGGGUAAGGAAAUGGAACAAGUUGUGUUUGUAUUAGCAUGUGGGUGAUGUAAACUUCAAAUCGGGAGAUGUUCCGACCCCCUACUCCCAUAUAAGCAUUCAAUCAGUGUAACUUGCAAAACGCAUAAACAUUUGACAGUUUGAAUUUAUAGUGUUGAUGGAAAAAAUCAUUUUUAAUGUGUACUGUAAAACUUGAAAUACUCAGGAGCUGAGUGAAUAUGUUUGUUGCUACUUACAAUCCCGACCUGUUAGUCCCAGUAGUUUUGUUUUAACAUGGUCUUUUUCAGCUUUGUUUCCUGUUUAACUACAGACGACUUCUGUUGUAGACUCACAAGUUUAACUGUUGUAUUAUAACAGUAUUACAUGUCAACAGUGUGGUUAUGACCUUUAUUUAUAUAAAAACCAAAUAUUUAGUCAAUUUACCGUGUCUUAAUUUAAUCUUUGUACACCUUCCAUUUUUAAGUGCUUAAAUGAGUACUAUAUUGCAAUAAAAAUGUAGUGAUAUAAUUAACCAGCCAUUAAAAAUUUACUUCUACAGAUACUAGAGUGUUGAGUUUAUAUACUAGGUACUUAUAUGCUUCCUAUAAUUCAUAUAGAACAAUUAAAAUCUAUAGUUUUUUACUAUCAGUCUGAGCUCACAAUCUAAGACUGCCUCCAGUUUACUUGGCCUCCCUGGAUUACAGUCAAACUAAAUACUAUAAAAUAGGAAAUUAAUUUCUUUGUUUGUUUUCACAGUCAUAAUAUGGCAUGUGAAACUUGCCGUCAAGUGAACAAGCUGUUCAACAUGAUAGCGUAUCUUUUGGUGUGGUAACGGAGAUGCUGGUUGGCCAUUUUCUACACUGAAGCUUGAACCUUCUCUAAAAGGAAUAUUUAUCUAUGUUUAGAUUUGGCACUCGUGCACAAUUAUUUCAUGAGGCUACUCAUUAACAUUACAAAGCAAUAUUCUGUGCACAAAUUCUCAUUAAUAGCACUGAGACAUCUGAGAGACUAAGGCAGGCACCUGAGAGCUGCAGCUGGAAGACUCUUCCUGGAGGUCCAUUUCUCCUCUUUCCCACCCACACACACCCUGGUGGAGGCAGACAGAGGUGCUGUUACUGGUGUGGGUAUUGCUUGUAUUUCACUGAAUGGAUAAACACAAGAAAGGAAGAUAAUUCCUUUUAAACUGCUUUUUCUUUCAGGACCCUCAAAGACUACAAAGUGUGAUUGUACUCCAGAGAAUGAAAUGUAGCACAGUCUUUCCCCAGACAGAUUUAUGAUCUCUAUAACAACCCCUUAAAAUGAAUUAGUUUAUUAGUUUCAGAAAAAGUUAAUCUUCUAAAUUAACUAAAGCCUAUAC